AUUAUUCGAUCCAUUAUAGCGAACGAAUAUAGGUAAUAAAAAAUUAUCCGUAGUUAAAAAAAAAUUAUCCGUAGUUUAGAGUAAUUAAUAUUUUUAUGUAUACUCUUAGUUUUCUAAUUUCUACCCAGCCCACUAAGCCCUAAAUGGCCCAAGACCAAAUCUUGAUUCUUUGAUUAUGGACCAGGAUCAGCGACCAACCGACCCAGCGGCCAGCGUCUUCCUCGGCGAUUUUCCGGAUCCAGCGACGAGCGGGCAGCGACCACUGACCAGCGUCUUCCUCAGCGAGUCUGCGGCCUCAGCUCAGCGCCUCAUCUUCUACAUUCUUAAGCGCAUCACCUCAAUCCUUAGCAUCACCAUCUACUCUCUUCUUUCAUUUUAGGAUAGUUUUGCUGCAUCUAAGACUUGAUUGAAGUUCAAUAUGGAGAGUGGGGGCGCUAAACAAUCAAACCAGCUGCUAGAAAAUGUGUGCUUUUUCAUCCGAAAGUGCAUCGUUUUAUUGCUUUCCACUGGUCCAGUACCUAGUCACAUUGCAUUUAUAAUGGAUGGAAAUCGAAGAUAUGCAAAGAAGCUAAGUUUGGAAGAGGGACAAGGGCAUAGGGCUGGGCAUUCUGCUCUCAUGAGCAUGUUAAAAUAUUGUUAUGAAUUUGGUGUGAAGUAUGUAACUAUUUAUGCCUUCAGUAUUGAUAACUUCAAAAGGAGCCCCGAAGAAGUUGGAUCCCUCAUGCACUUGAUGCAGGAAAAGAUUGAAGAAUUGAUUAAAGAGGAGACCAACGUGAACCGUUAUGGAAUUCGAGUAUACUUUAAAGGGAACUUAGACCUUUUGAGUGGCUCUGUAAGAUCGGCAGCAGAGAGGGCUAUGGUAGCAACUGCUAGUAACUCGAAAGCCACUCUAUCGAUUUGUGUUGCAUACACAUCAACAGAUGAGAUCGUUCAUGCGGUUGAGCAAUCAUGCGAAGAGAAAUGGUACAGAAUCAAUGGGAAAUCCCUAAAUUCGUCACAAAAUUAUAAACACUUGAAUGGAAAUGAUCAGGUUGACAGUCUUAUAGCUAUGACAGAUGUUGAUAGGAACAUGUACAUGGCUGAUGUUCCUGAUCCUGAUAUCAUAAUACGUGCUUCUGGCGAAACUCGGUUGAGCAAUUUCCUACUGUGGCAGAGUGCAAAAUCCCUUCUCUACUCUCCUGAACCACUUUGGCCAGAGAUUGGUUUCCGGCAUCUGGUGUGUGCAAUUUUGAAUUUCCAAAGGAAUGCCGGAUACCUUAAAGACGCAAAAGAGAAAGAAACGUAAUUCAAAGAUGCAAAUCUGGGUUCAGACUUGUUAUUUGUAGACCACACAGAAAUGGGUGUUAGAUAUAAUAAGGUGUAGGAUUGGUU